AUGGGUGGUGGUGAGAGUAAUGACAGCUUUUCUUACCUUUUCGAGGAAUCUGAGUUCGGAGACCCGAACCAGCUCACUGGAGCUGCCUCCACUGAUGAUCUCUUCAGCAUCUUAGAGACCCUCGAGAGUUCCCCUGACUUUGAUUCACUUACUUCUCUUCAUGAUGAAACUACUGUUCUCGCCAGCCCCAAAGUGGGUGCUCCCCAGGUGUUCGAUACCGAAGCCGAAGCAGAGGCAGAAGCAGAAGCAGAAGCCUCGCACGCUCACAAGAGGCAAAAGCUGUCGGAGCUGUCGACAGAGGAAGCAGUAACCAACAACCCAGAUGGGCAGCAGAGAAUGUUCCACAUAACUGUGGAGAGAAACCGUAGAAAGCAAAUGAACGAGCACCUCUCCGUCUUGCGCUCCCUCGUGCCUUCCUUCCACCUCAAACGAGGAGAUCAAGCAUCGAUAAUAGGAGGAGUGGUGGAUUACAUCAAUGAGUUGCAACAAAUUCUACAGUCACUGGAAGCAAAGAAACAAAGGAAAGUUUAUAACGAAGUUCUAAGCCCGAGGCUUGUUUCAGGUAGUCCAAGACACUCACCACUUAGCCCAAGAAGGCCACCACCAUCGCCUCUAAGUCCUAGAUUGAGCUUACCCAUAAGCCCAAGGACCCCUCAACCUGGAAGCCCUUACCUGCCCAGGAUGCAACAAGGUUACCUCUUACCCACUACCAUGGCUACUACCCAACAUGAACCUUCCCCUUCCACUUCUUCCUCCUCUCUUGAUAAUGUGAAUGAGCUAGCUGCAAACUCGAAAUCCACGAUUGCUGAAGUGGAUGUAAAGUUUUCAGGGCCUAAUCUUCUGUUAAAGACUAUAUCCCCUCGGAUUCCUGGUCAGGCUGUGAAGAUAGUGGCUGCUUUGGAAGGACUUGCACUUGAGAUUCUCCAUGUAAGCAUCAACACCGUCGAUGACAUCAUGCUUAACUCCUUCACCAUCAAGAUUGGAAUUGAAUGCGAACUUAGCGCUGAAGAACUGGCAAAUGAAAUUCAGCAAACCUUCUGCUAGUUCCAAUAAACACUGGGUUUGGUCCACUAACCCUUAACACAUCUACUGUGUA